GGGCACAGCCUGGGGGUCCCAACCCUGUGGUUCUGGGGGGUCCUGGCCGGAGGUCCCAUGGUUUUGACCAGGAUUCCCCAUCCCAGCCCCAGCCCCAGAGCAAGUGGCAGCGCCAGCCCCCGGUGCCGCUCCCCGCAGGGCUAUGGUGGAGCCCCCCAACUUCUCGUGGGUGGCCCAGGGGCGGCUGGCGGGGCUGGCCAUGCCGCGGGAGCCGGGGCAUUACCGGUUCCUGCUGGGCCAGGGCGUGAGGCACCUGGUGUCACUGUCGGAGCGGCCGCCUCCACACCACGGCUGCUGCCCCGCGGUGCAGCUCCACCGGAUCCGCGUGCCCGACUUCAGCCCCCCGACGCCCGGGCAGAUCCAGAGCUUCCUGCAGCUGGUGGAGGAGGCCAACGGGCGCGGGGAGGCGGUGGCGGUGCACUGUAUGCUGGGGCACGGCCGGACGGGCACCAUGCUGGCCUGCUACCUGGUGAAGACGCAGAAGAUGAGCGGCAGCGACGCCAUCCGGGAGAUCCGCAGGCUGCGGCCAGGCUCCAUCGAGACACGGGAGCAGGAGCAAGCUGUGAUCCACUUCCACCAGCGCUUCAGCGCUGGAAAGGAUACCGAGGAGGCGUGAGCAGGAGUUUGUCCCCGAGCAGCGUGUGCCGGACGGAGGUCGAAGGAGAUGCUUGCUCUGAUGUGCUGGGGGAACAUUGCCCAGCCCUGCGGUGCCGCUGUCCAUCCCGUUCCCCAUUAAAGAACUUUCCCGUGGCUCCAUUCCA